AAGUAUAUAUGCACUUUUAUUUAUGUCAUGGUUAUCCACAAUCAAGUGUUUUCUUUAUGAAUUCUUAUUUGUCAUGAAUGUUUAUAUGGAUCUUUUAUUCUCUGCAGGUGGAGCUGACUGGAAGCAGCAUGUUUGAUUAUGUUCACCCAGGGGACCACGUAGAGAUGGCAGAGCAACUUGGCAUGAAGCUUCCACCCGGCCGCGGACUUCUCUCGCAGAGUGCCAAUGAUGAUGGUGCCAGUUCAGCAUCUUCAUCCUCACAGUCAGAGACUCCAGAGCCGGUGGAGUCCUCCAGCCCUGGAAUUCUCCCUCAGGAUAACUCUUUAGAAAGGUCUUUCUUCAUUCGGAUGAAAUCUACAUUGACUAAAAGAGGUGUACAUAUAAAAUCCUCGGGGUACAAGGUGAUUCAUGUAACUGGACGUCUGCGUCUCCGUGUGUCUUUGUCUCAUGGGCGUACUGGGCCAGGACAGGUGAUGGGUUUAGUAGUUGUGGCUCAUGCUCUCCCUCCCCCAACCAUCAAUGAAGUCCGCAUUGACUGCCACAUGUUUGUAACACGUGUCAACAUGGACCUCAAUAUUAUAUACUGUGAAAAUAGAAUCAGUGACUACAUGGACCUCAAUGCUGUGGAUCUAAUGGGUAAAAGAUGCUAUCACUUUAUCCAUGCUGAAGAUGUGGAAGGAAUCAGGCACAGCCACCUGGACUUGUUGAACAAGGGCCAGUGUGUGACCAAGUAUUAUCGGUGGAUGCAGAAGAAUGGUGGCUACAUUUGGGUGCAGUCCUGUGCAACCAUCGCAAUCAAUGCCAAGAAUGCUAAUGAGAGGAACAUCAUCUGGGUCAACUAUAUCCUCAGUUUACUAGAAUACAAGGACAUUCCGAUGGACAUUGCUCAGCUGCCACAUUUGCCUGAAAAGACAUCAGAAUCCUCUGAGACUUCUGACUCAGAUUCAGACUCCAAGGAUAAUUCAGAGGAUAAUGAUAAUCCGAAGUCAGAUGGAAAAGGGAACCUUUCUGAGCAGAGUGAAGACCCAGAGCCUGAUCACAAGCAACCAAGACCCCACUCUGACCCAGACAUGAACUGUGAUGAAGAGGCCAACAGCUCAAGUGAUGCUUGCAGUGAAGAAAGUGAAGAAAGCGAAGACUGUGAAGUGAGGAAAACAGAAGAGGAGAUAGAGCAAGGGGGUUUGGGUGCAUUAGGGGCUAUUGGCUCUCUAGGAGCAUUGGGCCCUAUGCACAUUAAAGUAGAACGUUACACAGAGAGUGAAACAGAUAUGCGUGGACCUGAAUCUUUGAGCUCUGAUAGCGCCAAAGACUCUGAGAGUGGGGAAGAGGAGGAAGAUGAAGAGGAAGACGCAGGUGUGCGUGUUACUGGUGUUCUAAGCAGACAUCAGCGAAGGAAAAGGAGAAGGAGAAAGGGUUUGGGACCAUGUGGAGGCCGUAGGAGACGUCUGUCUGGAGGAUCUAGUCCUAGUGGGCUAGAAACCACAUUGGGGGAUCCCCCAAGAUUGCUCCCUUCCACCCCCCCGCCAACUGGAAGCUGUUCUUCAUCUGUGCUAAAGAUUAAGACAGAAAUGACAGAGCCUAUUAACUUUGAUAAUGACAGCAGUAUUUGGAACUUCCCACCUAAUCGAGAGAUCUCACGAAAUGAAUCCCCUUAUAGUAUGACCAAGCCUCCUACAGGAGGCGAACAUUUCUCCCCUUCCCCAUCUUCCACUGCUGCUGCCCCUCCAGCCCUCCAUGUUUCCAUACCAGACUCUGUUCUCACACCCCCAGGUGGGGCUGAGGGAGCUGGACGCAGCAAAGCGCAAUACUCUGGAUCCUCAGGGGGCUUAGGCCCUGUCAACUCUGACCCUCUUUCACCUCCUCUGUCUGCCUCUCCUCGAGAAAAACCUCCCCAAACAGGUGGCCCAUCAAACUCCCUUCUGUACGCAGGUGAGCUGGAAGCACUACAGAGGCUUCAGGCAGGCAACGUGGUCCUUCCUCUUGUGCAUCGUGUGGCAGGAACCCUUGCAGCCACAGGAAGCAGUGGACAGAGGGUGUAUACUACAGGCACCAUUCGCUAUGCCCCAGCUGAGGUGACUCUGGCCAUGCAAGGCAACCUGCUGCCCAAUGCUCAUCCUGUGAACUUUGUUGAUGUAAAUGGCCCAAGUUUUGGUUUGGACCCCAAGACCCCAAUGGAGAUGCUGUACCAUCAUGUCCACCGACUUAAUAUGUCUGGCCCAUUUGGAGGAGCUGUGUCAGGUGCUGGUCUUACCCAGGUGCCUGCUGCCAGUGUCUUCACUACAGCCGAGGGGAUAUUCUCCUCCCUCCCAUUUCCGGUGUACAGCAAUGGCAUCCAUGCAGCACAGACUCUAGAACGUAAAGAGGACUGA